UCGAAGCACCGCAGUCUCUCUUCAGCAACGCUGAAGGGCUAGCGCACGUCGUGGUGGUGGGUUAGCGAAAAAUGCGAUAGGAACGGAGGGAUUCGACCACGAGAGGACGAGGAAGAAAACGGGAGGGUUUGUUGCCUGAUGAGAGAGCACCAUGUGCUCGAUCGUACUGGUCUGGCGUUGGAGGGCUGCCCUCUUCAGCACGAUGUUGCUGCUAUUGUCCUGGGGAACAAACGCGGCGGAGGACUGCCCGAGCAUGUGUGCGUGCAAGUGGAAAGGCGGGAAGGAAUGGGUUGAAUGUGCGAACCGUGAUCUCAAAGGAUUACCGCAGGGUGCCCGAGAGGAGACGCAGGUGCUCGACCUGUCAGGCAAUCAUCUGGUCAACUUACCAGCGGAAUGCUUCCGCGCCCUUGGUUUGAUCAACCUUCAACGGCUCUAUCUGGGCAAAUCUCGAAUUAAUCAGAUUGCCUCUGAGGCGUUCGUCGGUCUGGUCGGCCUAGUAGAGCUCGAUCUGUCCGAGAAUCAGAUCGAACAGGUGCCUACGGAUACCUUUGCGUCCUAUCCAAGUUUAAUGAGGCUUAUAUUGAAUGGGAACCCAAUCAGGGAAAUUCGCCAAAACGCAUUUCUUCGUUUGGUGCAUCUUACUAAUUUGGAGAUCAGUAAGUGCGCGAUAGAGAUUAUCGAGCAGAACGCUUUUGAGGGCCUCCAGUCGCUAGAGUGGCUUCGAUUGGACGGCAAUCGACUCACCUACGUGCCAGAUCACACUCUACCGCUGGGAGGAAAUCUCAGAGGAUUGACUCUUCACAACAAUCCGUGGCAGUGUGACUGUAGACUGAGAAUAAUGCAGGCCUGGUUGAAGGAAUCAGCCCCAGCAGCGCCGCAAGAGUCCGAACCUAUCUGCGAUUCCCCGGCGAGACUACAUGGCAAACAAAUCAAGAGUCUUAAGAUCAAUGAAUUAGCCUGUCUACCGCGUAUCGAUCUUCAAGAUCAUUUAGAGAUUUACGAGGGCGGGAAUAUCACUUUAAGAUGCGAUGUUCAUGCGGUUCCGACUGCUAAGGUCACUUGGUGGUUCAAUGGAGAACCAUGCGAGCUGCAACACGAAAACAAUUCGAUGGCUAGCAGUAUUUCUACAUUUCCAAGGUACAUCUACCGACAACGAGGCGGGACCAACAUGAGCAGCUCGCUGUUCCUCUACUCGGUCGAGUCGCUCGACGAGGGCACCUACAGCUGUAUCGCAGAAAACAGCGCGGGUUCUGCGGUGGCAAAUCUUUCUCUUCGUGUGCUCUUUCGCGAGAAACCCACUGUAGAGCCACCCUCCGACAAUCCUGGUUCCGGUUAUGUAGCCGCAAUUGUUGCUGGCGCAUUGGUAGGCACCCUUUUGGCAAUGAGCUGUUUAGUGGGUAGCGUGAUAUACUGUGCGAAGAAGCGUCGUCGCGAUCGGAAGCGCAAUUCGAAAGCGUUGGUGACGCAGAGCAAGUCGGUUCUACCAAUCACGAAGGAUACUACUAGCAUUUCCUGUCGGAAAGGUAACGGUAGUCUGAUCGGAGGUCUUGAACAUCAGCAGAUGGUCUCAUACACCGAACGUGAGAUCAACCGUGCGGCUACUUUGGAACGUCGGGAACACACCAGGAGUAAUCACUUAGAUCGAGAUGCAUAUUCAGUAGCGAGUCCAGUUGCCAAGUAUUUAACCGAACCUGAUUUAAUCAAUGAAGUACCCGAGAACUCCGAGGUGGGCUAUGGGCAGUUGUACGGACGGCAUCAUCAGCGUGUCGGUGGCGUUGACCGGCAGGUCUUGGAUUACGACUCGGGCUAUCCAUUGCAGCCCGAUCUGCGGCCGCCACCGGUGCUACCACAGAUGAGUUAUUUGGAUCAGGAUGGCUAUCCGCUCAAUUUUGGCCUGCCUAAGAUCACCUUUAGUACUGCUAGCACUUUGCCUAGACUCCGACAACGUAUGACGGAGCCAGGCUCGGCGGCUGCGCCGGCGGCCAGAUAUUCGCGCGAGGCGGAAUUCCUCGCAAGAUCACCGGGAUAUGAUCCCAUUUUACCGCGAACCGAUGCUAGGUACACCGCCGAGGGUUAUCCUUAUCCGGUGCAUCAGCAUCAACAUCAGCAUCAACAUCAGCAUCAGCAUCAACAGCAACAACAGCAGCAACAGUCGCAAUCACAGACAAUACAGCCAUCACUAUCAAUUCAACCGGUCGAGCAACCGAUUCAACAGCAACUGCCCAUUCAGUCGCCAGUAUCGCCAGUUGCUGUUUUUCCAGAAGUACCCUUCAUACCAUCACCUCCUGCGGCUUAUAGAGGCGAAACCACUCCGUUAUCGCCGCGGUCCCUUCUCGGCAAAACUGCUCGCGAGGCCGCGGCUGCAGCUGCCGCGAGAGCGGAGGAGCUGCAACCUCCGAAUCAUCCGGAAAGUCCUGAUGAAGGCUACGUAGGGGACGCUAUGGAUGUAUGAGGAAUCCGAACCGGACAAGAGUUUAAUUGUCGGAUCUGAGAAG